UUGAGUAGAGGUGAGGGGUAAAGAUUUGCAACAGACGGCGAUAUGUCUAGAUAUAUGAAGGCGUAAUCCCGUAUGAUAUUCUACUUAGAAAAGUGAGCUGUGUACAGCUUCCACUCAUCGCCUUUCAUCUUGAUUACAAUAUCCCAAACUUCAGAAUCUUUCAUCAAACUUUCGGCAACGAUCUACAUAUCAUCCUCCGUCUCGAAGCAGAUCUUCGCACACAUCAAGCAUGCUGUGGUCAAAAAAUGAAGAACCAGAGUUGAAGGAAGUCUUUGACCAAAGACGACCUUCAACCGUCGAAGCUAUCAACAACCAGCACCGAAAAUCAGUUUCCAAUCGUGGCCUUACGGGUGCAUCUGCUUUGACAGUCAGACAAUCCAUAUUUCCCAUUACAUUGGUGACACUCUUGUUCUUCCUCUGGGGAUUUGCAUAUGGUCUACUUGAUGUCCUCAAUGCCAAGUUCCAGACUGCUUUGAACAUCACUGCAGCCAAAGCUGGUGGACUACAAGGUGCAUACUUUGGAGCUUACUUCAUCGGACCAUUGACAUACUCUGGAUGGAUUGUCAGAAAGUUUGGUUAUCGCUGGACAUUCAUAACCGGUCUCUGCAUCUACGGAGUCGGCGCUCUCAUGUUCUGGCCUAGCGCCGUCUACCGGAGCUUCGGUGGAUUCUGUGGCAGUCUCUUCAUCGUGGGCUCUGGUCUUUCUACCCUCGAAACCUCCGCCAACCCCUUCAUCGCAACCUGCGGCCCUCCCAGACUUUCCGAGUUUCGUCUCGAGUUGUCUCAAUCGUUCCAAGCAGUUGGCUCUGUCAUGGCACCUCUCCUCGCAUCUCGAGUCUUCUUCAGUCAUACUGAUCCCAAUGACUUGAGUAAAGUCCAAUGGACAUAUCUCGGUAUCGCAGCUUUCGUUUUCUUGCUUGCUGUGGUGUUCUUCUUCAGUCCCAUUCCCGAGGUCACAGAUGCCGAUAUGGCGCUGCAAGCUGAGCAGUGCUCGGGCUUGACGGGAUAUCAGGAUAAACCUAUGAGGAGGCAGUACAAACUUAUGUUUGGUGUUGCGGCUCAGUUCUGUUAUGUUGGUGCUCAGGUCGGUGUCGCGGCCAAUUUUAUCAACUAUGCUAGAGAGUCGGCUGGGAUUAGUGCUGCUGCUGCUUCAGAUCGCUAUGCUAUUGGCCAGGGUCUUUUUGCAAUUGGUCGAUUUGCUGCUGCUGGGCUGAUGAUGUUUGUGAAACCACGUAUUGUGCUCAUGGUAUUCAUGACAGCAAUCAUGAUCUUCAUCGCCGCCGCAAUCGGCACCCACGGCGAAGGCGGCGUCGCAAUGCUCUCCCUAGUCCUCUUCUUUGAAUCCUGCAUCUUCCCCACAAUCUUCACCCUCUCGAUCCGCGGUCUCGGUCGACAUACCAAACGCGGCUCAUCGUGGAUCGUCGCCUCCGUCUCUGGGGGAGCUCUCUUCCCUUCCUUAACAGGCUUAUUGGCAGAUAGCAAAGACUACCAUGUCGCGAUGGCAGUCCCGCUCACGGGCUUCUUUGUGGCGUUUGCGUUUCCGAUUUAUCUUAAUCUCUGGUGCAGGAAAGAGUUAGAUGGGUUUAGAGAGACGAAGAUUGGGUAUGUGGAUGGGGAUGGCGUGGUAGGGGAUCCGGAUCGAGAGGCUAGGAGGGCCAGUUUGAGGUUUGAGGAGAAGGGAGUCAAGGGGGUGGGGAUGGAGCAUCAUGAGGAGGUUAGGCAGGUUAGUUCGAAGGUUGAGUAGAGGGUCGUUAGCGGGAAUUUGGGUGUGGGAGAGUAUGUUGACGCGAGUGGUCUUGAAGGUUCUAUUGGCUC